UUGGUGGGAACUUCACCAGGCUGCCAGGAGUUCUCAAACAUGAUGGCGAGUGGCCUGGCCACUACAUCCGCCACUUCCCUCAAGACCCAUGGAUGCAACUCAUCAGAAUGAUGAAGUCCUCUGUACAUACAGAAGAAGAUGACUUUGUGCCAGAGCUUCAGAGAAGCAUCCAUCCCAGAGAGAGGCCAGACUGGGAGGAGACUCUCAGCGCUAUGGCAAGAGGUGCAGAUAUCCCGGACAUUCCAGGGGAGUUGCCGCUCCGGACCUGUGGCAGUACAGCAAGUAUGAAAGUGAAGAAUGUGAAAAAGUUAUCCUUUACAAAGGGUCAUUUCCCAAAGAUGGCUGAAUGUGCACAUUUCCAUUACGAAAACGUGGACUUUGGCAACAUACAGCUUUCGCUCCCGGAGGAACAGAAUGAAGUAACAAGAAACGGCUGUGAAUCCAAGGAACUGGUCUACCUUGUACAGAUCUCUUGUCAGGGGAGGAGCUGGAUCGUGAAACGGAGUUAUGAAGAUUUCAGAGUACUUGAUAAACAUCUUCACCUAUGUAUUUAUGACCGACGCUUCUCCCAGCUCUCUGAGCUACCCCGCUCCGAUGCCCUGAAGGACAGUCCAGAGCUUGUCACCCAGAUGCUGAUGGCUUACCUGUCACGUCUCUCAGCCAUCGCAGGCAACAAGAUAAACUGUGGGCCUGCUCUCACAUGGAUGGAGAUUGAUAACAAGGGGAAUCACCUGCUAGUCCAUGAGGAAUCAUCCAUUAACGUUCCUGCUAUCGCUGCUGCCCAUGUUAUUAAGAGAUAUAUCGCUCAGGCAGCAGACGAGCUGUCCUUUGAGGUGGGAGACAUCGUGUCUGUUAUUGACAUGCCACCAAAGGAGCUGACCACAUGGUGGAGAGGCAAACAUGGAUUUCAGGUUGGAUUUUUUCCUAGUGAGUGCGUUGAACUAAUUAAUGACAAAGUUCCUCAGUCCGUGACCAAUUCUGUGCCAAAACCAG